GAGAGUUCAGAUUUUGAUCCUAAAAAAGGGGCACGAGAGCAUCUCCGGUCCUUUAAUCAAACUGUAGGAGCCUAAACAUACUGAAGUGUGCACGAAGAGAGAGAGAGAGAGAUGGAGGGAAGAGAUGGAGGCCAGAGCUCAGCACCGCAAGCUCGCUACACGCUCCAACCAUCUCGUUACUCAAGCGAGGAUAUACUCUUCUGCAUCGAUGUGGACCCCGAAUCGCUCGCAGAGAUGAAAGGCACAGCCCCCAGUGGCCGGCCCAUCACCAGGCUCGAUUCCAUCAAGCAGGCCAUCCUCCUCUUCAUCAACGCCAAGCUCACCAUCAACCCUGAUCACCGCUUCGCCUUCGCCACUCUCGCCAAAUCGGCUUCUUGGCUUCGGAAAGAGUUCAGCAGUGAAGUUGACUCUGCCAUGGCUGCAUUUCGGGGGCUGUCAGUUGAUUCAUCCUCUGGUCAAGCAGAUCUCACCCAACUCUUCAGAAUUGCUACUCAUGAAGCAAAGAAAUCCCGUGUGCAAAAUCGGAUUCUCAGGGUGAUCCUAAUCUACUGCAGAUCGUCCACACAACCACACCACCAAUGGCCUGUAAACCAGAAAAUCUUCACACUGGAUGUGCUUUACCUUCAUGACAAACCGGGGCCCGACAACUGUCCCCAGAAGGUUUAUGAUUCACUUGUUGAUGCCCUUGAGCAUGUCACGGAGUUCGAGGGUUACAUCUUUGAAAGUGGCCAGGGUUUGUCUCGUGUUCUGUUCCGUUAUAUGUGUGUACUUUUGUCGCACCCUCAACAACGUUGUUUGCAAGAUCACAUUGAUAUUCCCAAGUCCCUCACGAAAAAGUCUCCCACUGCUGAAUCAGCACCGGGUGAAGAAAUUGUUGCUGUAUCCAGCCAGUGAGAAGAUUGGGAGUAUCCAAGGUUCAUGAGCAAUAUGUACCUGUAUAAUUUUCUUUUGUUGGGUGUAACCUUGUAUACAUUCUCCUUUUGUGUGGAUUCUGUGCUCCUUUUGUUGUUUUGGAUCAUGGAAAAUCUGAAUGCAGUCUUCAACCAGAAUUUCAUUCUGUGCUUUCAAA